UUUUGGGGUCCAAUGGAAAGCAAUUUCUUAUAUAACGCUUCCUUAGCCAGUUAGCCGCCGGAAAAACCCUAGCUUACAGAAUUCUCUCUCUGGUGGGAAUACCUGAAGUGGGUCACUGAGAAGGCUAAGUUUCAAUCAUGAGUAAGCUUCAGAGUGAUGCACUCAGGGAGGCUAUUUCUACUAUCGUGACCGAAUCAAAGGAAAAGAAGAGGAACUUUACUGAGACUAUUGAACUCCAGAUUGGACUGAAAAAUUAUGAUCCCCAAAAGGAUAAGCGUUUCAGUGGUUCUGUGAAGUUGCCACACAUUCCUAGGCCCAAGAUGAAGGUUUGCAUGCUUGGAGAUGCUCAGCAUGUUGAGGAGGCUGAGAAGAUAGGUCUGGACUAUAUGGAUGUUGAAUCUUUGAAGAAGCUCAACAAAAACAAGAAGCUAGUGAAGAAACUAGCAAAGAAAUACCAUGCUUUCUUAGCAUCAGAAGCCGUGAUCAAACAGAUCCCUCGUCUUUUGGGCCCUGGUCUCAACAAGGCAGGAAAAUUCCCCACCCUUGUUACUCAUCAAGAGUCCCUGGAGUCUAAAGUUAAUGAGACGAAAGCAAUGGUGAAGUUCCAAUUGAAAAAGGUUCUUUGCAUGGGAGUUGCAGUGGGAAAUCUUUCCAUGGAGGAGAAGCAGAUCUUCCAAAAUGUGCAAAUGAGCGUUAAUUUCCUUGUUUCACUGUUGAAGAAGAACUGGCAGAAUGUCAGGUGCUUGUACUUGAAGACUACCAUGGGGAAGCCACAACGCAUAUUUUGAGUGUUAUGUUAUUAAGUAUUCUAUCGUAAACCCAGCUGGGAAGGUUUUGUAGUGGAGCUUGGUUACUUGUAGAAAGUGUGCUUGUUUUAUUGUGAUACAAGGACAGGCGGGGGUAUUUUGUAGUUGGUUGGCUGUUCUACCUUUGUUGUUGGUCUUAAAUUAUGCUUCUUAUUAUUGAUGGCAUUUGUGAUA